GAAGCUAGUAUGACACUGUGCAAAUCGACGGGAGCUCAGCAGGAGCCACUCUGAAAUCCCGGACAGCUUUGUUCCUGACGCAGGAGCGCUUCCUUCCUCAUGGCGUUGCGACCACGAGAAGCGGAUUGAGCGCAGGAUUUCUUUUACGCACACGUUAGGCCUUCCUUGGCGGUGCAAACCGGCCUCAUUGCUUGGGUAAAGCAGACCAGAACCACCGGGACACCGGUUUCGGGCACUGCAGGUUUGCCCGGCCCUGCCCGCGCACCUGCCCCGCGGCGGGGAGCUCCGCCCGCCCCUGUCCGCGGUGCUGAACCGGCUCCCGCCGCCCCGGCCCAGGCCCGCCCCUGCUGCUGCCGCCGCGGCUCCUGCGCCGCCCCCGCCCCGCGGCCGCGCAGCGCCGGGCGGGCUGCGGCGGGGCGCCAUGGCGGCGCGCGGGGCCUGAGGCGGCGGCGGCGGGGCCGGCAUGGAGGCGGAUUUCGCCGCCUUCGGGAGCCCGCUGUGCGGCGAGGUCAAGCGCUUCUGCCGGCGGCUGCGGGAGACCUACCGCGAGAUCAAGGAGGACCUCACCCCCUACAAGGAUGACCGCUAUUACCGGCUGGCACCGAUGCGAUUAUAUACACUGUCCAAACGGCACUUUGUUCUGGUCUUUGUAGUAUUCUUUGUUUGUUUUGGUCUGACGGUCUUCAUAGGAAUAGCAGGUCCUAAUGUGAUCGAAACUUCUGUAGCAAGAACUGAUUUAAAUAACAGCCUAAAGCUGAAGCCGUUUAAUUUAAGUUCACCACCACUGUCUACUUACAACCAGCAGCUGUGGCUGACCUGCGUAGUUGAGUUGGAUCAGCCCGAUGUAUCCCUCAAAAAGAAUGUUACUAUGACAGUCAAAGUACUUGGAGUGGUGAAGGAUGGAAGCACACCAUAUGUUAAUAAUCAGGUUCACAAUCGGACAAGAUUACUCAGUUGUGCACAAAAAUGCAGUGAAAUCAUUGUUGCUCACCUUGGCUACCUGAACUACACUCAGUACAACAUAUUUGUUAGCUUUGAAGAUCUAAACAAGUUAACGUACAUCCAGAAUAUUACUUUCACAUGGAAGACCUACAAUCCAACUUUUUCACAAGUGGAAAUAUGGUUCCGAUUUGUCUUUGUAGUUCUUACUUUCAUGGUCACGUGUCUGUUUGCACAUUCCCUGCGGAAAUUCUCCAUGAGAGACUGGGGUAUUGAACAGAAAUGGAUGUCCAUCCUGCUUCCCCUCCUGCUACUUUACAAUGAUCCAUUUUUCCCCCUUUCUUUCCUGGUGAACAGCUGGUUUCCCGGGAUGCUGGAUGAUCUAUUCCAGUCACUGUUUCUGUGUGCAUUGUUACUGUUCUGGCUUUGCGUCUACCAUGGUAUAAGAGUACAGGGGGAAAGGAAGUGCUUAACUUUCUAUCUGCCCAAAUUCUUUAUUGUUGGACUACUAUGGCUGGCCUCUGUUACAUUGGGAAUAUGGCAAACUGUUAAUGAAGUACAUGAUCCCACCUACCAAUACAGAGUUGACACAGGUAAUUUCCAGGGAAUGAAAAUCUUCUUCCUUGUGGUGGCAACCACAUACGUUCUCUACCUUCUGUUCCUGAUAGUGAGGGCAUGCUCAGAACUUCGUAACAUGCCUUAUGUUGAUCUCAGGUUAAAAUUCUUGACUGCAUUAACCUUUGUAGUGCUCGUCAUUAGCAUUGUUAUACUCUACCUGCGUUUUGGAGCACAAGUUCUACAGGACAACUUUGUUGCUGAGCUGUCAACUCAUUACCAGAAUUCAGCGGAAUUCUUAUCUUUUUAUGGUUUAUUGAACUUUUAUCUCUACACAUUAGCCUUCGUGUAUUCCCCCUCAAAGAAUGCACUAUAUGAAUCACAGUUGAAAGACAAUCCCGCUUUUUCUAUGCUGAAUGAUUCAGAUGAUGAUGUGAUUUAUGGUCUGCUGUCAUCUGAACGCUGACUCCCAGGAAGGACAUCCUGCUUCUGUUUCUGUUUACAAAGCUUAAACUGAAGAAAAGAAUGCUUGAAAAGGUUGUGGUGAAAACUGAAGAAACCAAAAUUUUUACUGGUCUUAUAAAAUGCCUGAUAGCAGGAUGCCUGUGGACGUGUCUAUUUCCAUUUACAAGUAUCACUGAUUAUAUCCUGAUUUUAAAAUUGCUUCCUUGCUGCUUAGUUUUUUGGGUUGAUUUGUUUUGAGGGUUAUGUACAGUGUACUGUCAUUCCUCUGUUGCAUUUGUGUUGGCUCCUUUGUAUAUUGUCCACAUAUGUGCCUCGUUUCCCUUCCGAUUGUCUACCUUAGUCCCUUGAGCUGGAGGCAGGGAAUGAAGUGUCUUAGGGCUUUCUCUCUGCUUUUUCUGUUUGAUGCAAGAAAACACAAGCUUUCCAUUCUUCCUUCAAAGAAGUGAUACAGACUUAAGACCAUUUUUGUAACUCAUUGAAAUGAGUUUACCAGAUUCAUAAGCGUGAGAUAUGUGCGAAUAGUCAAGUUCUAGUGAGCCAAAUAGCCUCAGUGGUGCAAAACUAUUUGUAUAAUGUAUGGUUCAUGUCAUGCUUUACUGCCACAACAGAACUGGUUGGUUUGGGUUUUGUUUUGCUUUUCUAACCAGCCUGUUCAAAUGGAACUAUUUAGGCAGCAACAAAUUGCAGAAGGAAGCCAGUACUUCCCUUUCUGGAUUUUUGUGUGCUGGGGGUGAUUGUUACACUUAUAGGGAAUACAGUAUGAAAGCUUCAUAGGGAAUUAAAAGUUCAAAAUUCCAAACAUUUCAUUUUCAGAGGCUUCUUCUACAUCAGGAUUUUUCCGUAACUUGUAUUAGUAGGUAGUUGAUCUACAUCCCAGGAACAAUCGUGGUUGCUCAUGUAUUGAAUGUGCAUCAGAGUUGGCUUUUGAGCACGUUCUGUGCAGUUCAACUUCUCUGUCAUGCCACAGUUGCCACCUAUAUGGUCAGAGCUUUUACUAGCAUGUUUUGAGAUUAUCUGUAUUGCAGUUUGUCCUGGAACAAAGUUAGAUGGUCAGUAAGUAUUCCUAGUACAAUGCUGCUUCUCUGUUUGAAAGUUGGUUUUCUCCUACACCAUUUUUCGGUUCAUUAUUUAAGUGGAUGCUGUUUGUGUCUAAAUAUUUUUGUUUUCAGGUACUUGACUACAAGUAUCUUUUUUUCCAUGAAUUUGUAACUGUGAUUUACUCUUGUAAAAUUUCUCUGCCCUGCUGCUGUGGAAGACUCUAAAGCACCGUCAGGUGUUCAACAAGAAAUGGUGCUGGCUUACAGUACGAAAUUGUGCUCCUCACUGAAGUAGUUUAAACAGAAGAGUGCAGUGAAGUCCUACUAGACUUGCUGGAUUGGACUGUGGAAAAAUUAGGUUUGUUCUGCUUUGAUGCAACAAUCGUUCUAGAUCAUUCCCACAUUCCCACUGCAGGAACCUCCUGGCAGCUGUUCAGGAUCAUGAAGGGGAGACUUCGCAGGACAGUUCUAAGCAGUUUGCUUAGAGAGGACCAAAGGAACUGCUUCAUGUGGUUGCACCCUUGCUAUCAUAGAACAGUUCAGAUUAAAUCGGUGCUCUGCUAAAGGUAACUGUAGUAUGAUACUGUGUGUGUGAGAGAGAGAGAGAACUCUCUAAAACAGGUAGAGCUGUGAAAUUUUUUGAGGGUAUUUGAAAUUUAAAACUUCCUGUACCAGGGAUCACUUACGUGUUAGAAGCCAAAGCACCAUUGUAUGGCUAAAGCAAGGAAACUGCUGGGGAGGAAGGGAAGGGUUUUCCUUUUAGUUUCUUAAUGAAUUGGUGUCAGUUUAGAAGAACAUGUAGGAAAACACUAAAGAAGUAUUUCGAGUUAGUGGUGGUUUGUUUCCCCAGUGUUCGUAGUAAGCCGUACCCUCAGCGCUUCCUCUUAGGCUUGCUUUUUAACAAGUAUGGGAGAUGAUCUUUGUAUCCUAAAAUCAGAGGGCCCAUUCUCACUGUUACUGUUCCCCAGACGCCUCUCCUGAGGCUCACAGCUGUUUGGAUGUGCAGAGUCAGACUCGGAAGCCACCUCGGUGUCCCUCACAUACCCCAAGUCCUUUUGACUUCUGCUGGAGUGAGUACAGGAACUGGGUCUUCAAACACUGAUACGUACAUGAUCCUUAUAUAGUCAGUCUUUUUGGCUCUGAUAUUUCUUAAUUCUGUUCUAAAUUGUUCUGAAGAGAUAAAAUGUUUGAUUUGACCAAUGUGCAAAGUGUAUUCCUAUUUCUUGUCACAGUCUGCACCGAUGGUUACAGUUAACCCUGAAAUAGUGUCAUGCUUUGGGAUUUUGUUAACUAAAGAAGCUAUUUUUAAUCUAACCUUUGAGAUGAUGAUUUUUUUUCCUAAGAUGUUCUCAGCCCAUUUCACUUGUGGUGUUUGCAUUAACUCUUCUACAUUGCUACAUUCAAAGUGGAAAUAGGAAAGUUGAGAAUGGGAAAUGUGUACUUAAAGUAAGGAUCUCACUAUGAAAAUAGUGAGAAAAUAGUUUCCUUGUUAAUUUUUAGAGAUGAUAUUUAAGCAAUGUUUGCCAUGCAAAAUAGCUUUGUAUUUGGGAAAUGCUAGCGUGUAGCGGUAAGCUUGGUUGAAGCACUGUCACACCAAAUUCAAUACAGUAAAAAGGCAAAAGUAGUGAAGCAGGUGAGGAAAUAGUUUUGCCAGUAACAAAUCUCAGUUUCACCCUUCUUAUUUUCACAAUUGGAAAGCAGAGACAGCAUUUGAGGAAUAUGACAAGAGGGACUGUAAACGGCUUGGGAGUAGAUGGCAUAAAUUUACCUCUAAGUAUUGUAACCUAAGGGUGAAACAGAAGAUACCUGGCGAAGAAACAAGCCUGGCUUUCCUUUCAUUACUGCUGAAGUAAUUAUUUCCAUCACUAGUGGAGCUGUAUAAAAUGAGACAACUCUACAAAAAGGCCCCACAGCACAUGGUGUUCUGCUCUGAAGGAGGUGCCGUCUCUAAGUAACUGCAAGACUUCCAUGAACACACUGACCCAGAGGGACGUUUCAGACACCAGUAACCAUUGAGCCGAGCCGUUUGUGGCAGCCAUUUUCAGUAGCAUUUGCUUUAAAAACAAACAGAGCUGCUGUUGGAAAGGGUGAAACUUCCCCAGGCCUGGCAAAGGGGCUUAACCCCAGUGAGAAGCAGGGAGUGCAGCGGGCCAUGGCACACAUGCUGGGGAGGCCCAGCUGUGGAAAGCUUCCAUCUGUUGUCCUUCUCCCAGCCACAAGACAACUCUGUAUCCACAGCCACCCAACUCUUCCCCGUUUCCUUUUGCUGAUGCCAGGAAUAACAACCUUUGCAUUACUGUAAAACUUUUUUGAGAAGUUUGUAAAUAUGUAAAAUGAAAAUAUGGAAAAAUUGUGUACCAAAAUGGUAUCAAAAUGUGUAAGAUAAACGCUCUGUUUAAUGAGAAGCUGUAAUUAAAUGCUGCUUUGAGAAAGUGUGCAUGAGGAUACGUGUUGAAUAUCCUGUGUAUCUAGAUGAUGUGUUAAUGACAGCAAAUUAUCCAUUUAUGUUGGAAAACUUCAUGCUAAUAUGGAAUAUGAAGGAAAAAAUAGUAUUUUACUUUAAGCAAAAGUUGGGUAUUGAGUUUCUUGGACAACUUCAUGUGCAUAAUCAUUGUUAAAUAUGUUCAUAAUAAAGUUUUAUAUCUUUA